AUGAGCUUCUGUCAUGUCCUGCCCUUCUUCUUUGCCACUCAUGAGAUCAACCAGAAUCCAAAGCUGCUACCCAACAUCACCCUGGGCUACAGCAUCUAUGAGAACUUUUUCAACGCAAGGAUAACAUAUGAGGUCAUGAUGGACUUGCUGUCUACAGGGCAAGAGAAUGUCCCAAACUACAGUUGUGGAAGACAAAAUAAUCUUCUGGCUGUGCUUGAAGGGACUGAUUCGGAGUUCUUUACUUCCAUUUCAACUAUGCUGGGCAUCUACAAAAUUCCACAAAUCAACUAUGGGGUCAUCAGCCACAUUCCAGAGCAGAAACAUCAUUUUCCUUUUUUCUACCCGGUGAGUCCAAAACAAGAACCUCCUCACUUGGCAAUUGUCAAGUUGCUCCUGCAUUUCCGAUGGACGUGGAUCGGCCUCGCUGCUCCGGACAAUGAAAGCGGAGAAAAGUUCAGAAGGACCUUUGUGCCAGAAGCCGUCACAUUAAUACUAGCAGUGCUAAUACGAGACAUUGAAAAGAAAAAAAUCCUGUUUGAGGAAAAAGUAUGGAUUGCUACAGCUUUGUCAGAUUUAAAUCUCCAUCCAUUUCUAAGAAACUUCCAGAUUUACAAUUUUUCUGUAAAUGACAUUUAUUUGAAUGAGUAUGGAAUUCCCACUGCUGACUUUAAUAUCAUGGACUGGGCAAUAUUUCCCAACAAAUCUGCUGUUGGGGUGAUAAUUGGGAAUGUUGAAAAAGAAGUCUCUUCAGACAUCAAGAUCUCUGUGGAUGAGAGUGCCAUCAUAUGGCCAACAUCUUUUAACCAGGUCUACUCAGAUAAAGAAGGAGGAAUCCUAAUGGUAGAAAUAAUGAUAAAUCAAAACCAGAUACUGAUGGUAGCAAUGUGUACGGAAAGUUGCCUCCCAGGAUAUACCAAGCUGACUAGAGAGGGAGAACCAGUUUGCUGCUAUGACUGUUCUUCAUGUAUUGAAGGAACUAUCUCUGUGCAGGAAGCCCAAUGUGCAAAAUGUCCAGAUGACCAUUUCUCCAACGAGAAGCAGAAUCAGUGUGUCGCCAAAGUUAAAACUUUCCUGUCCUACAGAGAAAACUUAGGUCUCAUCCUGGCUGUCUCUGCCCUUUUUUUGUCUCUUACCACUGGCUUAGUUCUAGGAAUUUUUAUUAAAUAUCGAGAAACUCCCAUAGUCAAGGCUAACAACCGUGAUCUCACCUACAUUCUGCUGAUCUUUCUCCUGCUUUCCUUCUUGACUUCCCUUCUAUUCAUUGGUCAACCCAAGAAAAUGACAUGUCUUCUUCGACAAACUGCCUUCAGUAUUGUUUUCUCAGUUGCUGUGUCAUCCUUGCUGACCAAGACUAUCAUGGUGGUGAUGGCAUUUCUGGCCACAAAGCCAGGAAGCAAAGUGAGGAAAUGGCUGGGGAAAUCUUUGGCCAAUUGCAUCAUCUUCUCCUGCUCUGGUGUUCAGGUGGGCAUCUGUUUCAUAUGGCUGGGAAUCUUUCCCCCAUUCCCAGAUUCUGACUUAUAUUCCCAAAAAGGGCAGAUCCUACUGCAAUGCAAUGAAGGUUCAGUCAUCAUGUUCUAUUCUGCCCUUGGCUACUUGGGCUUUCUGGCUUCCAUCUGUUUCUUGGUGGCUUUUCUAGCCCGGAAAUUACCAGGGGGCUUCAACGAAGCCAAGUGGAUCACCUUCAGCAUGCUGCUCUUCUGCAGUGUUUGGGUUUCUUUUGUCCCCGCCUACCUGAGCACCAAAGGAAAAUACAUGGUGGCUGUGCAGAUCUUCUCCAUCCUGACCUCCAGCCUCUGCUUACUUGGCUGCAUCUUUGUCCCCAAAUGUUAUAUCAUCAUUCUGAGACCUGACAUGAACGUGAAGGAACAUCUAAUGUUGAAGAACAAUGAGUGA